GGCAUUUAUAAAUUAAUAAUGUCGAUAGCCACCAAAGGAGAGAAAAUCGAUAACACAAAGCGCUCAAGGUGGAAGUCGCUUGUAGCAGGAAUAUGUGGGAAUCUAUCUCUGUUUAUAUUCCAUCCUCUGGAGAAUGUCAAAACUCGGCUCCAGGCCAAUGAUGGGCUCAGGAACAAUCAUUUACCGAGGUAUAACGGCGUUAUCGAUACAUUCCUUACCAUGUGGAGAAAAGAAGGUCUCAUAGCGUUCUACAGAGGCUUGUACAUUAAUAUCCUCGCAAAUGCACUCUCUGGAGGUAUCUUCUUUGGACUCUAUGCUGACGGAAAGAAAAGAUAUAAUUAUGAUAGGGAAACAUCCUCAAUUUGGCUCACCUCUUUCAUAUCUUUAAGAGCUGGAUUAAUUACCAUGGUCUGUGCCAACCCCGUCUGGUGAAUAAAGACCAGAGUCACUUUGUAUUGGAACGAGAAGGACAAGAAGAAGUCAGGAUUCAGACUUGUUAGGGAUACCGUUUCAGAGAUGUAUACAAAAGAAGGCAUCCCUUCAUUCUUUAGAGGUCUCUCAGCAUCUGUAGCAAUGAGUUUCUAUGGUGUACUACAAAUGACAGCUUAUGAGAAAUUGAGCAAAUUAGCAGGUAUUCCUGAAAAGCCUCUUGAAAGAGGAAAGACUCCGGAUAUCAUGACUUUCUUUGUUGGUGGAACUAGUAGAUGAAUUGCUUCAGCAACUUUAUACCCAAUUGUUCUAAUGAGAACACGCAUGCAAAAGCAACGAUUUACAAUCAAAGAAGCUGAUGAAUUAAAGGCACAAAGAAAAAUUAACAUAGACGGAACUAUGAAUAAGGAGGUAUUCUACACAGGAGUCAAGGAGACUAUGAAGCAGACAUGGAAAAAUGAGGGGAUUAGAGGCUUCUAUAAGGGAUGCUUACCUAACCUUUUGAGGAUAUUCCCUAACAGUGGGAUGUACUUUUUCCUUUAUGAAAUGACUCUUAGAAUCCUUGACUAA